AUGCUGAAGGAAUCAGUUCUGGUCCUAUUGGUCUGUUUGGUUGCUGCUUCCGCCGCUGGCUGGGGAGGAAGUUGGGGAUUCGGAGGAUACGGAAAAAUGGGUAUGGGAGGACACGGAGGAGGAUUGGUUUGGGGAGGCGGACACGGAGGCUGGGGAGGCAAAGGAGGUUGGGGAGGAAGCUGGGGAGGCAAAGGAGGUUGGGGAGGUUAUGGAAGCUGGGGAGGAAAUGGAGGCUGGGGCAACGGCGGACACGGUGGACACGGCAACGGCGGACACGGUGGACACGGCAACAGCGGACAUGGCGGUGGUGGACACGGCAAUGAUGUAUAUUAUGGCUACUAUGACAACAGCUAUGACAAUACAUACAAAUCUUACGACGAUAGUUACAACAAUUACGAUCAGUACUACUGA